GGCAGGGACGCACGGGCAGCGGGCCCCUAUCGCUGCCCCAUGCGGAGCCCCUGCUUUGUCUCGCGGUGGACGCCACCGAUGCUGCUCCUGCUGCUGUCGCCGGGGCCAGUCUGGUCCCAGUCGUCCGCCACCGCCACCUCUUCGGGAACCCCGGGCGUCCCGCACUGCCCCGAGGCGUGCGCGUGCGCGCCUGGCGGCCAGGCCAACUGCUCGGGGCGCGCUCUGCCUGCGGUGCCCGCGGGCCUGAGCCGGGGCUUGCGCGCGCUGUUGUUAGACCAUAACCGUGUGCGCGCGCUGCCGCCCGGCGCCUUCGCCGGCGCUGACACGCUGCUGCGCCUGGACCUGCGCGAGAAUGGGCUGCGCUGGCUGCACGCGCGGGCCUUCUGGAGCUUGGGCGCCUUGCAGCACCUCGACCUCAGCGCCAACCAGCUGGAAGCACUGGCGCCCGGCACCUUCUCGCCCCUGAGCGCACUUCGCUCCCUCUCGCUGGCCGGCAAUCGGCUGGCACGCCUAGAGUCAGCGGCGCUGGGUGUGCUCCCGCUGCUGAACGCGCUUGACCUGCGGGACAACGAGCUGGCGGCGCUGGCACCGGGCCUCCUGGCCGGCCUGCCCGCCCUGCACGCGCUGCACCUGCGCGGCAACCCCUGGGCCUGCGGCUGCGCGUUGCGCCCGCUCUGCUCCUGGUUGCGCAGGCACCCGAGGCCGGCGCCAGAGGCCGAGACGCUGCUCUGCGUGUUGCCAGGGCGCCUGACGCUCAGCCCCUUGACUGCCUUCCCGGACGCCGCCUUCAGCCACUGCGCGCAGCCGCUCGCUCCGCGGGACCUGGCCGUGGUCUACGCGCUCGGGCCCGUCUCCUUCCUCGCCAGCCUGGCCGCCUGCCUGGUGCUGGGCUCCAUGCUCACCGCCUGCCGCACGUGGCGCCACUGCGCUACUGCCCUGGGCUGGCUGAAGGGCCCGCGGGACCCCGGCCCUGGGAGCCCCAACGCCUAGGCUCAGCCCUGAGCGGCCUUGGGCUGCUGUCCAGGCUUCCCCUCCUCCGUCCCCCGCCCUCCUUCACAGCCCCUGCAGGCGUCAACAACGACACAGAAAUUUUCGCGACAUUCCUUUAGACAUCACCACUGCACACACCGGGUCAGGGGGCAGUGCGCGCCGGCCCCGGGCGGAGGGGCAGUGCGCAGCUGCGCACGGGCCGCAUGGGGAAGGCACGCGCUCGACACGGGAAGGGCUGGGCCUGUACAAAUUGGCGGGCAGGGCUGAGGACAGUCCCGAGCCAGCGUGUGGGGAGGCCUAUCAUGGGCUGCAGGCUGGAGGAGGCGAACAGCUGGCUCACCCCUCGCGAAGAUCGCGGGAGAAGGUUGGGGGCGGAGGGGGGAGGGGCCCCGGCGCGCUCCUGGGCGGCAGCUGCAGGCUGAGGGUCCGAGGCUGCCCUCCCGGAGGUGCUGGGCUGGCUGGACCGAUGAGGUCAAGCGGAGAAGGGACGUGGAAGGUAAGAAAAGGAGAGGGAUGGAGCCGAGGCUGCCAGAAGCAGGCACUGGAGAAGGGCUGACCCCGCCAGUUGGGGCCUUGCACCCCCACUGGGGCUCAACUGGUGGCUGGGGAAGGAUGGGGCUUCACUCUGCUCCAAGCCCCUCCGCCCUGGGGCCAGAUCAGCCCCCUCCCCCACUGCUUAGAGACCCCAGGGCCCUGCCUCUGCCGGAGUGCCCUGUGGCCCUGCCCAGCCAGCUCAGCUCUGGCCUGUCCUCAGCUGCUCUGGUCCGAGCCUCGGUCCAGCAGGGGCUGCCCGCCAGGCAGCAGGGCGGACAGACAGACGG